CAAAGCAUCGUUCCAGCUCAUCCUUCUCCAUCUCCAGCCCGAAACGAAUCCCGUUCCUAGGGUUAGGGUUUCGACCCUCCUCCCCGGCGACCCAUCGCCGGCGCACGGCCACCGCAAUGCCAUUCCCCAAACCCUCUCUCCUUCCUUUCCCUCUCCUCCUCCUCCUACUCUUCGUCUUCUCCACCUGCUCCUACGCCGCCGAUGACCCUUGCGCGGUCGCCACCGCCGCGUCAUGCCCGGUCACCUGCUUCCGCACCGACCCCGUAUGCGGCGAGGACGGAAACACCUAUUGGUGCGGCUGCGCCGAGGCGGCGUGCUCUGCCGUGAGGGUGGCCCGCCGAGGGUUCUGCGAGGUCGGCAAUGGGGGCGUCUCUGGCCAGGCUCUCCUUCUUGUCCACAUUGUCUGGCUUUUCGUCCUCGGCUUCUCUGUUGUCCUUGGCCUUCUGUGAUAUCGUCAAGAUAGGUAUUUUUUUUCUCUGAUUCUUGCCUUGUUUGUAGAUUUCUUUGUUGAAAAGAGGUGUUCUUGGUUGUAUGAUUUUCGCGGUUGUUAAUCUCAUCUAGACUCACAUUUGUAGUAAAUUCUUUCUUUGGAUGCAUAGUGGAAAAUGAUGAUUCAUUUGAUUGCA